GACCAUUUCCUCCAGCAGCAGGCCUCGCAGAGCUCUGCCACACACACACACACAUACACGCGCUCAUACACACGCACUCACUCAAACGUACACACAUAUGCAGACAGAGUACGGACAAGCGUCAAAGCAAAGCCACGUUUGGGAUUGUCUGAUCGUAACGCUGCAAAACCUGGAUGCCCCCCAACCGCAGGAGUCAUCCUGAUGGGCCUUCGCCGCUAAUUUUACAGCAACAUCUGGUCGACACCACAGUGGUAUCUUUUGGCUCUGAUGGUACUAGCUGAACACUGACCGCUACCUGCCUGAGGACACCUGCUGCCCAAUUCCCAUCAUCAUGUCUGGGAUCCACGCGCCAUGGUCGACUGGCACAGAGUGUGUAGCCAAGUACAACUUCCAGACUGCCAACGAACAGGACCUGCCCUUCUGUAAAGGAGAUGUACUGACCAUCAUCGGAGUCACCAGGGAUCCCAACUGGUACAGAGCGAGGAACACGGUGGGCAGAGAGGGCACCAUCCCAGCUAACUAUGUCCAGAAAAGGGAAGGAGUUAAGUCAGGAGGGAAACUCAGUCUUAUGCCGUGGUUCCACGGGAAGAUAACUCGGGAGCAGGCCGAGCGGCUCCUCUAUCCCCCGGAGACGGGCUUGUUCCUGGUGAGGGAGAGCACCAACUACCCUGGCGAUUACACCCUGUGCGUCAGCUGCGAUGGCAAGGUGGAGCACUACCGCAUCAUCUACCACAACGGCAAGCUCACCAUCGACGAGGAGGAGUACUUUGAGAACCUCAUGCAGCUGGUGGAGCAUUACACCAAAGAUGCCGAUGGCCUUUGCACCAGGCUGAUUAAACCCAAGUUGAUGGAGGGAACAGUGGCAGCACAAGACGAGUUCUCCAGGAGCGGCUGGGCCUUGAACAGAAAGGAGCUGAAACUGAUCCAGACCAUUGGCAAAGGGGAGUUUGGAGACGUGAUGGUCGGAGACUACAGAGGGACCAAGGUGGCGGUCAAGUGUAUCAAAAAUGACGCCACAGCGCAGGCUUUCAUCGCUGAGGCUUCUGUCAUGACGCAACUGAGGCACAACAACCUGGUGCAGUUGCUAGGGGUAAUUGUCGAGGAGAGGGGCAGUCUCUACAUCGUUACAGAGUACAUGGCCAAGGGCAGCCUAGUGGACUACCUGCGCUCUCGAGGACGGACCGUGCUGGGUGGAGACUGCUUACUCAAGUUCUCGCUCGACGUGUGUGAAGCCAUGGAGUACCUGGAGGCCAACAACUUCGUCCACAGAGACCUGGCAGCUCGUAAUGUGCUGGUGUCCGACGACAACAUCGCCAAGGUCAGCGACUUUGGCCUCACCAAGGAGGCCUCCUCCAUACAGGAUACUGCCAAGCUGCCCGUCAAAUGGACCUCCCCUGAAGCACUAAGAGAGAAGCGGUUUUCCACCAAGUCGGAUGUGUGGAGUUACGGAAUCCUACUUUGGGAGAUCUACUCCUUUGGGCGCGUGCCUUACCCUAGAAUUCCGCUGAAAGAGGUGGUGCCGCGGGUAGAGAAGGGGUACAAGAUGGACGCCCCAGACGGCUGCCCGCCCGUGGUGUACGACCUGAUGAAGCAGUGCUGGACCCUGGACCCCGUGGUGCGGCCCUCCUUCCGCAUGCUGAGGGAGAAGCUGCAGCAUAUCAGAGCUAAGGAGCUCUACCUGUGAAGAGGAGGCGUGGGAGAGUGGGGGUGGGGGUGGGGGCGGGGGGAGAGGGCGAGGAGGGUGGGGUGAGGACGCAGCCAAGCGCAGCUGUGAAGUGGGGGAGGAGGAGGAGAGGAAGAAGAGGGACCACAGCACCUUCCUCCUGCCCGCCCAGCCUGUUGACAUGUGGGACUGCCAUACUGUGCCCUCUCCCUCCCCUCCUCCCUCCCCCACUCCCCCGACCUCAGACGUCCACCAGCCGUCCUCUGCUUCCACACAAGGACUGUUCUCCUGUUUGUGUUGUAUAGCUUUUGACAGUUUCCUCCUCUCUCAGUGGGCCACUGCUCUUCCCUCCCUCUAUACCUGCCACCGCUCACUCGCUCUCUCCUUCUCUUCUCUCAUGGUCCAAGUUUCUCUUCCUCCUCUACCUUUUUUUUUUUUUUUCCUCCUCCUGCUCCUCCUCCUCCUCCUCCUCCUCCUCCUCUCCUGAACAUGGCAUUAACUGGAGGGGAGGCUGGCCUUUUCCUCCACGUUUGUCAGGUGCUCUUUCUUCACCGCCUUCACCCCUCCAUCAUUCCUGGUUUCUCCAUAUCGCCGUGUGGCUCUGCAUGCCUUUCAUCCCGACUCUCUGUCAUUCCAUCCUCCCUUCAAUCCCUCCCUCCCUCCCCUCGGCGUGGUGUCAGGUGUGGGGCCUUCGCUCUGUGCCAAAGUGCCUCCAGUCUACAGAGCUCCAGACUUCCCUCCAGCACUUCUUUUGGUUGGACUGUUGUGGGUUGUUUUUUUAGUUCCUUUUUUUUUAAGAAAUCUUUUUUUAUUACUUUCUUUUUUUUUCAGGGAGGUUAUCAAACCAUUUGUUUAGUGCUGUCUCCCCCACGUCCACCAUGUCCCCAUCAGACUGGAUUUUUUUUUUCUUUUUUUUUUUUUUUUUCAAUUGACCACGAAGAGAGCGUGAACAGGAAGAGAGAGGAUAUGGGGGCCAGUAUCAUGUUCGUCCUCCAACCAAGACAGCACGGAGGAGCGGUGGGUGGAUGGGUGGGAGGUUGGUGGGGGAGGGGGGGCAAGACAAUAACAGGAGGAGAAGGGGGAGAGGCAGUUCACAAACAUGGUUGAUUCAUCAUACGUGGGCUUGUUUUUAUAUCAAAAUAUAUUUAAAGGAUUCAAAAAAAAAAAGAACAAGGAAAAAACUGACUGGGGCAGAGAAUUAAAAAAAAAAAAACAGGAGGACUUUCAGAAGCCAGGAGACUCUUGGCAUUAGGAAUGUUCAGUGUCUCUGUGAACGCUGGGGUCAGGGUGGUGCAUGCUGUGUGUGAGAGGCCUUGGGUUCAACUGUCAGUGCUUUCAAUGUUCAUUGUUUUAUUAUGCUAUCAUGAUUAUGAAUAAAUCAUUCCAUCUGAACAGUG